GUUCAAAGCUGUAACCACUAUUAACUCUUCUUUCAUUAUUCAACCUUUAUAUAAUUGACAACAAUUGGUUUGUAAUCCGAAACGAUGAGAAGCAUAGUAUUGACUACUUUAGCUGCUACAUUUGCAGGCCUUGCAGCUGCUUAUAAUAACGAAUGCAAUAACAAUAUUGUGGAAUAUUGGGGACAAAACUCUUACGGUGCUGCUAAUGGCAAUGAUCCUUCAGGAUGGCAACAGCCGCUCAGGUUCUAUUGCAAUGAUGACACAGUCGACGUUUUACCUAUUGCUUUCUUGACAACCUUUUUCGGCAAAAAUGGUGAGCCUGAAAUCAACUUGGCAAAUUAUUGUAAUAGUGUGGAUAACGCUACCUUUCCUGGCAGCAACUUGGCAAAUUGUCAAAACUUGUCGAGUGAUAUUGAAUAUUGUCAAAGUAAAGGCAAGUUGGUCACUAUUUCAUUGGGUGGCGCUACUGGCGGUGUUGGUUUCCAAUCGGAUGCUCAAGCGUCUUCAUUUGCUGAUACCCUGUGGAAUUUAUUCUUUGGCGGUAAAUCUAACACACGUCCCUUUGGUGACGCUAUUCUGGAUGGCAUUGAUCUCGAUAUUGAAGGUGGUGGACCCAACCAUUAUGUAACCUUCCUUAACAAGCUAAACGGUUACUUUAAAUCGGCGUCCAAGAAAUAUUACGUAACAGCCGCUCCUCAAUGUGUUUAUCCUGAUGCCAACCUACAAACGACGUUGAACGGCUAUCCCUUCGACGCUGUUUAUGUACAAUUCUAUAACAAUCCCUGUGGUCUUCAAAAUUAUAAUUCUGCCUCUCAGUGGAAUUUCGGUAUUUGGGACCUUUGGGCUCGUACAGUUUCUCCUAACCCUAAUGUCAAAAUCUACAUCGGUGCCCCUGCUAGUUCUUCUGCUGCGGGCGGAGGAUACGUAGAUGCUGCUACUUUGUCAAAAAUUGCCGUCAACACUCGUAACAGUUUCCCUAGCUUUGGUGGUGUUAUGUUCUGGGAUGCCUCUCAAGCCUAUAAGAACAAUCGAAUUGAUAAUACAGUAAAAUCUGCUCUUGCUUCUGGAAAGCGAUGUGACGGAGGCUUUACCUAUCCUGCUUGUACUGCACCUGCUUACUCUGCUGGCACUAUGUAUCCUGGCGGUACAACUGUUUCUUACAAUGCCUAUAUGUGGACUGCUAAAUGGUACGCAUCUUCAGCACCCUCCAAUAAUGUCAACAGUGACUGGUCUCCUAUCAGUGCUUGUUCUGGUUCAGGAGGCUCCGGCCCUACCACUACCACCAGUGCUAGCAAGACUACUACUACUACUACCAGUACUACCACUACCAGAUCGUCUAUUACUACCACUACCACAAAGACAUCCACGACAACCACAUCUGCUACUCCUACUACUACUUCUACAGGCGGUAACUGUGCAGGUGUGAGUGCUUGGUCUUCCUCUAACAUCUAUACAAAUGGUAAUAGGGUAACUUAUCAAGGAAGUCUCUGGCAAGCCAAAUGGUGGACUCAGAACGAUGUUCCUGGCGGUCUUGCUGAUGUUUGGACUAAUUUAGGAUCUUGUUCAUCCUCCCUCAAGCGUAGACGCAGCAAGAGGAGUUUGAGGCGUUCAUUCUAGAAAUAAGGCUUCCAUAUCUAUAGUUCUUUUUUUAUGAAACUGUUAGAUAAUAUCCAUUUUAUUAGCAACUCUAUCUUUCUUUGCACAAACUUUUAUCAUUUUUUUCUAUGAAUCGUUUUUGCUUACACUACGAUAUUUAUACAUAAAC